GGUGGGGGAAUGGGGAGCCGGGGUGGGGGCGAUGGACCAGAGGCGCAGCCGAGGGGCGAUGUCUGUGGAGAAGGGGCUCCUGCUGAGGUAUUCGCGCCAGAGCUCGAAGGAGCCGCGGGGCAAGCAGGGUAGCGGGACGAGGCCGGGCGACGAGGCCCGCGACCCGGCCACAGUCCGCGGGCGUUCCCCUCGGGGGCUGUGCUGGAGGAGGGUGCAGAAACAGCGGCCGAAAGAUAGGGUGUGGGUGCCCUGGAACGGGCUCAUCGUGAUCGGGAAGAGACUGGAGCUCCUGGGCAGAAGCACGCGGAAGCCUCGGGUGUGGCACCCGAGGCUGCCGGACGAGGACUGGAGGGCGGAGGGUGGGGAGAAGGCGAGCCGCAGCCCCGAGAGGAUGGACGCCAGGCUAACGCGCCCUGCAGACGUGGAGAAGGGCAGCCCCCGGCGGCUCUGGGGACAGCAAGCGGGCGCGCCCCCAACAGGGGCCCCAUCGAGGGGCGCCAGGGCAACGGCCGGGCCUCGGAGCGGGUCUGGGUUCGAGGAGAGGGUGAGGCCUACUGCGGACCAAGUGCGGACCAGCGGGGAGGACCUGCGGCCCGGAGGAUAUAAACUGGGUCAGGAUGCGACGGAGCUGCGGGCCAGUGGAGAGAGGCUGCGAGCCAGUGCAGGAGAGAGCCGCGGGUCCAGAGGAGAGAAGCUGAGGUCCAGAGGAGAGAGCCUGGUGUCCAUAGGGGAGAAGCGGGGGUCCAGUGGAGGGAGGCUGGUGUCCAGAGGAGAGAAACGGGGGUCCAGUGGAGAGAAGCUGAGGCCAAGCGGAGAGAGGCCGAGGUCCAGUGGAGAGAAGCUGGGGAUUAGUGGAGAAGAUCUGCGAGCCACUGGGGAUGAGAAGCUGGGAUCCAAUGGGAAGAAGCUGGCCAGCAGAGAGAAGCUGGAGGGCGCCAGAGCGGGGGGCGCGCAGGAGGAGCCCGGUGGCAGGGGGCCCGCAGUGACCGAGGACCAGAUGGAGACUCCUUUUGAAAGUGCGGGGCACGAUGAAGAACUGGAGGGGCCCGAGGGGGCGGCGGAAGUGGAGGAGGAGGUCCUGGGCGCCCGCGGAGAUUAGCGAUGAGUCUGUUUCUACGGAAGAGAGAGACGCUAGAGGUGAAGAUGCCCACGAGUGGCAGACACAGGGAAGGAGACACAGGGAAGAACUGAAUGAUGGAAAGGGGAGAUUAGAACCAAGCACCACUGCCGCGCCAGGAGCCGUGGAGAGGAGAGGGAAGGGGUCUGGGCCUAACGGAAGGGAGAGGGAAUGAGGACCGCAAGGACGGAGGCGGAGUAGCUGGAGUGCCCAGGAGGACGUGGGAGCCCCGGGGAGAAGGAGGAGAUCAGUAGCAGGGAAACUGGUACCGGUUUCCCGGAGAACAGCUGAGGGGCUGGCAGGGCAGCAUUUGAGAGAUGCAUUUAGAAGGGACUAGAAAGAUUUCACCUACAACAUGCUGGAUGUAGAUGUAGGAGAACGCACAGUGAGAAAUGGAGACUCACAGCCGGAUAAAGGAUCACUGUUGAGGGUUGUGGAAGCAGGUGCAGGCUCAAGUGAGCAAAACUCCAGAAAGAGAACCCGGAAGGACAGCCUCCAAAGUGACAAAGCGAGAGGAGAGAAGUGAACAGGAAGUGAAGACAAAGCCGUAAGGAGCCAUAUCCCACCGUGGGUGUCCAGGCACCGAAUUCCCCCUCUGCAGCUUGAAGAUGCGCUCCUGGCUUCCUCCCUCCAGCGCGGCUGCUGGGAGUCUGGGUCUCCUUUGGUGCGGGAGCUGUGGCACGGCCAGUGUCUGUAUCUCUGCUUUCCCAAGAUCAUCACUCCUAGCCUCCUCUGGAAACUCAGAGCCGAGGAGCUGGCGUAUCACUUACAGAGGCCUGCACGGGCAGGGGGUCGAGACCUGGGCAGUCUCAGUUGUGUGAAAGUCUCUCCGAUUGCACCACACAGUUUACGAAUUGUGAACCAAACCAUCAGAUGUGCUCUUCGCUUAGAGGGGAUACUAGAGUCAGUCCACGGACGCUACAGAGAAAAGUGAAGAUCAAGACGUAACAAUGCCCCCUCCAGUGAGUCAUCGGAGUGCUUACGCAGCAGCUACUUCCGAGCUCCUGCCGGGAGCAGGUGCCACCCCAGACGGCUGUGGCAAUGACAGAUUAAUGAUGUGUACGCGUAAGAAACAUCGCUUUGGAAGCCACGUUCAGGACGUUUGUGACGUUUCGCUUUUCACAUGUUCGUCCGGUUGCAUUGGCGAAGUCAUAAGGCCCCCGAGAGCGCGCUCAGAGGGGCACGGCUGGUGUGUUGAUCGUUGUGCGCGCGACGCGGCGACUGAGGCUUGAAGGUCGCGCCUGGACCGCCCGGCCCGGGUCGGGCACGGCUGGGCAGCGUGCGGGCAGCAGAGGGCAGUCGCGCCCCGGCGGGAAGCACCUGCCGGCCAGCAAGCUAGGGCCGGCACCGCCCGCCCGCCUCCAGGAGGGGGCGCUGCGAAGCUGGCCGCGGGCCGCUCCCCCAGACUCGCCCUUACUCCAAGGCUCCCGGACUCCGGACUCCGGGCUGCAGCCCCCGGGGGCUUUUCCUGCCCUACUAACAUGCGCUUCUGUUUUCCCAGA